CUCCAGUAAUGAUACAGUAUUGGCGUAAGUUCGUUGAAGAAGGGUUUCUUGCGGAACAACUAGUUCGUCAUUUGUGGAGAAAUGAGCUUACUGCCAGUUCUGAUGAGAAUGACGUCAUCUUUGGAGACUUCAUUGAAAUUAUGAAGACAUUUGGACUUCUCUUUGAAAAGGGAUCUCAGAAAGGCAGUAGAAUGUUCAUCGUUCCUUCUAGGAUGAGCCUUAAAACAGGCAACUUGAAUGUUGGGAAAGACGACGAGCAGACGGUAUCGGUUUAUGUGACCCCCAAAGACUUUCUCCCUGACGCUGUGUACAACCUCUUGGUAGUUAAAUUCCUAGAUCUCAGUCAGGACAAAGCAUGUAGUGGAAACCCAGAAUUGUUUCAGAAUGAGGCUGAAAUAGAUUUUGACGAUAUGCAUUACUUGAGACUCGGAUUUGUGUGCAUUAACAACAAGCGGUCACUGAAGUUGGAAAUAAAACGGAGAACAGAGAUAGAUGAAGAAGGUAAAAGAAAUCCAGCAUCAAAGCCAACACCUAUCGCCUGCAUGGAGAUCUUACAUGUUCUUAAGCGUCAUCUUUAUGACUUCUAUCCUUCUGAAGAUGGCGUCAGUUCAACCUUAAGCAUUCUGUGUCCAGUUUGCUCAGUAAUUGGUUUGAUCCAGGGAAAGCUCCAUUUGCAAAGUUUAGAAAAGUGCUUAAAUUCCAACUUUAUUCAAUGCAAGACAAAUGCAAUGCCAACAGCUAAAAUACAGGCAUUAUUUCAAGCAGAUUUGAGCUUCAGCAAAGAAAUCAGGAAUUCCUACGCCCUCCAAGUAUUAACCACUGACCUGGGAACAGAGAAAAUGCAAAAGUAUUUCAUGAGGAAAGGUAAGCUGAGAGGCAAACAUGAGGUCGGAAAGUUCCUGUCAUGGCAGAGAAAAAAUGGACCUUUAAAGAAAGUAGACUUUGGAUACGAAGCAACAAAGAUCUUCAUUGACGAUGUGGACAUCGACUCGUUCGAUAUUACCAUCCUGAUGUCCUUAAUUCAACAUUGCUUUAGUCCUCAAGGCGAUAAAUUCUGGGACAAUCCACCAGAUGUUCAAGACAAAUCCGAACUGGCAAAUUUAAGACGCAUUCAACUGUACAAAGAAAGCACUCUAGACAGUCAUAGCAACAGGACUACAGAUGUAGAGUUUGAGACACAGUGGAAGGAACUUGCCACGAUCUUUAGAAAUAUCGGAGUUAGCAAUGAAGACAUUCAGAAAUACCGCAAGCUAAGCAUAGCACAACCAGUUAGAGGGUUUGAGCAGGAAAACGUUGAAGAAAUCAGAAAUUUCCAAGUUAUUCUAUCAGCUGUCGUUGAUGUCGGCACUGUAACUAUGAGAGAAUACUUCUUGGAGGUUGCUAAUCAAGGCAAGACAAAACAAAACAAGGCUACUAAACUAGACAAAAAAGAAGUUGGACGAUAUCUGAUGAAUGAGAAACGAAGAGGUAGCUUCAAAAAUGUAAAAAUCACUCAUGAGCAGAACGCAAAGAUGUUCACACCAACAGCUGACAUUGACACGUUCGAUAUCUCAAUUAUGUAUUUGAUAAUCCGUAACUGUUGUUGUAGCAUUCCAUACUCAUUUUGGAACAACCCAGAUAUACUGCAUAGCUUGGUACACAUCCAUCGCUACAGGAACACAACGCUUGCACAUUCUCCCAAAAGUAGAAUGUCAAAUAAAGAAUUUGAGAUCGAAUGGAAGAAAGUGAGAGCAAUGCUACACGCUGCUGGUGCUUCUUUAAAUGACAUUGACAAAUAUAUGGGGCUAAGAUUUAUAAACUAAACGAAUACGCCUACAGGCAUGGAAAGGCGAAGGAGGUAUGGUUAGAUAUUACUGUACUAUGAUGUACAACACUCAACCGACGUCAUGGAACUGGCUCACUGACGUCAUCAUAACUGAAUCAAAAUUUUGUGCAAUGCAUGGAUUUUCUUUGUUGUGUAUUUGUAAAUUCGAUAAUGAAACAAUUAUUUAAAUUGAUGUAGUACUGUAUAAUAUAAUAUUUUACUUUUCGUGAAUUUCUGAUGUUUUC